AUCUGUUUACGGAACUGUCAUCAGCAUUGUGUCAAAUUUGGUUCAGUGAUGUCACUUGUCAAAUUGUCAUGUUGCACAUUGACAUUUCAGUAUUUUCAGUCGUUUUGUUUGUAAAUAGUGGGAAAGGCGAAAGAGAACUAUUAUUACAGACAUUUUUCUGGGUUUAAGGAAAUAACACCAAUAAAAUCCCUUCUUUAGCGUAUGGUUAAUAGUGAAUAGGGUAAACGAGGAUUUUGGUCACUUAUAAAUGAAUAGAAUGGUUUGGUAGCUGCUGGAUGUAAGCCGGCAGUAGCAGUUAUUGAUAUGUGGAAGUUCAGGUUGGAUAAUAAAGUGUGUCACCAUGUCUUCACUCAUGAAUGCAGUGCGCCAAUAUCUGGCGUCCCAACAUAUGUUCGUUGUCGACGACUGGCUCGCAGGGUGUGUAGAAUAUCUAUCAGAAGACACAGAGAACAGUUACAGCGAGGAUGAUAUUAAGAAGUUAGCUAAGGAGCAAUGGUUGUUAAAUGAUCUGAAGGAGAUAUGCCCCGGGUCUCUGCCAGCGGAGCUCAAGGGACAGAUGAGGACUGUGCUCAAUGGAAAAUUUGUCCUGCAAAUCAAUGCUGUGAUGGAUAUAGGUACACCAGCUUAUCAGCAAUACUUGAAGCUGCAAAAGGUCAACAUGGAGAAUGUAGAGGCAACCACUAACUAUGAAGACAAAAUUUCCAGUCAUAGGAUGCUGAAAUUGUAUAUGACAGAUGGUGUCCAAGAAAUAACAGCUUUAGAAUACAAGCCAAUGAGGAAUCUAAGCUGUGACAUCACUCCUGGUUGUAAAGUACUUAUAAAAGGUCCAGUGGAAUGUCGGAGAGGACAGCUGUUACUCACAGAGAGUGCCAUAGAGCUGCUAGGUGGAGAGGUACAAGAAAUUGUAAUAUCCAACUCUCUGGCAGGACAACUGUCUGCCAAGUUAGGAUUACCCAUUGCACCAGAAUCAAACCUCAACACAACAAUGAACAUAGCACGAAACACAAACAUACCAACACCACACACAGAAAUGCCGGCGCCAUACCAACAACCGCCAACAUUUGACCAACAUCCAAACAUGGACGAACCUAACUUCGCAGAUGAUGAAAUAGACGUAGACCAAUUAGCUGCUUUAGAAGAACAGUUAGUAGACAUACCUGCAAAAAGACCAUUGGAACCUAACACACCGAUUCCAGGAAAGAAAUUAAAAACUGACCAAGUAAACCAAUCCUUCGACUAUCCAGAUGAUAAUGAUUUAUUUAUGGGGGAAGAUGAGGACUAUUUGAGGGAACUGGAAGCUCAGAUAGAUGCAAGCGAUAAUGAAGUUAUACAGUCACAGGAUAAGGGCGGCAAUUCCGUGUCAGCUGAACCUUUUGUCUAUAUUAAGCAGAUUAAAGAUAUGGCUGAAAGUGAUAGAACUGGGAAAGUUUUUAGGGUUAAGGGGCAAAUAAUGAGUUUGCUGUCUAAGCUAUCUGUGGGUAAGGAUGGCUGGAGUUUAAAGUGUACAAUUGUCGAUGGUACAGGGACUCUAGAUGUUGAGUUUACAAGUGAUGUGCUCUCUAAAUUAGUCGGUUAUACUCCUCAAGAAAUGAGUGCUAACAAAAAGCUGUUUGCUACAAGGCCUGAUUUGAAAGAGAAAACCAUUUCGGGAUUACAAAAAGCAAAGGAUACCCUACAAGUUCUAUAUUGUAUCAUAGAACUAACAUUACUGGAAGUGCCUAGAAUAACAAAACUCAUACCUUUCAAUGCCUCCCACAUCGACCAGCUGAACAGGAGAAAUAUGAAUUGAUUUUUAUAUAUCUAUUCCAGUUUAUGAGUACUUUUGUAAGUAGAAUGUAAAUAAU